CACGAAGUCGGCUUCCUGUGACGUCGCGUGCUCUCAAGAGUUGCCGCACAAUCUGGACAUGGAUCUGUUCGUCGAGGACUGAGCCCCAGUGGAAGCCAAAGAACCGCCCGGGGAUGGUUUGGCAUCGGAUCGUGAAUGCUCGCUCUUCCGUCAGUUGCGAGGAAGUGUCUGCCAACCGAGUUUCGCGGGGACGUUUGCCUUCGCCCGGGGUCCCUUUGUGAGCCAUCGAGAGAUCUGGAAGCAAUUUCGCCCCUUAUGAAAGGGCACCUUAGUUGAAUCGAAGAUUUAGGAGUGAAAGGUUGUGGCAUCCAUGUCCUUGAAGGCCAAGGACGUCAAUAGCGGUUUGUAGCCUAGUAGUGAUUUGUAACAACGGUGGCGACUGACUCUUCUGAUCGUUGAAAAGUGCGUGAAGUGAACCGAUCCCCAAGUGUUAACCUUCAACAUGAAAGUUUACGGCUUGUGUGCCAUCCUGGUCGCGGUUCUCAUCCAAUCCCAAUCCAUUCAAGCAAUCCGAUGGCUGGCUUUAUCCAAGAUCGGCUCGGUCGCCAUGGUGGAUCCACCCGACCAAGUGUGCAACGAGAUGAAGGGCUCACUGAUCAAAAAACAGAUCAAGUUUUGCAAACGGCACCCUAUGUUCAUGGACUCGGUUCGAGUGGGUGCCCUUCGUGCUAUGGACGAAUGUCAGUAUCAGUUCCGAUCCAGACGGUGGAACUGUUCCUCCUUUGAAGAUAAAAUGAAUACAGACUUUGAUGCCAUCAAGACCAACUUGGAGUCGCCCAAUUAUCAGGGUGGCCGUUAUGUCGAACCCACAAUCAUGAGGGGUAUGAGCAAUCACUCACGCCGAGGUAGUAGUGGUUCCCCUUCGGAGUAUGUGUAUCAUCAAACUACGGACGCCAGGCCUUCACAUUCCUUGCCUGCUCGGCCAGGGCUAAAUUCGUUAAUGAAUGCCAUCUAUUCUAAUAACAAUUAUGGCUAUGGGGGAAAUCGACGCCGGGAUUUGAACCAACGCGCUCUAAGAAGGGGCAGACGACUCAGCCGAAAAGCUCGUCAUGACGAUGACCCUGGAUCCGAAGACGAUGAUGAAGUUGAUGAAGAUGAGGACGACGACGAAGACGAGGAGGAUGAAUUCGACAUCCAAAACAACGAGACUGGAGGUGUUUUGGGCACCACCUCUCUCCUGAAUAACACCCACUUGCGAACUCAGACCGAGACAGAAGAAACCAAAUCGGGUCGAGGUCGAAAGAGGAAAGGCAAUAAACGGGGACGAAGGAAGCGAAAGCGAGGAAGGAAGAACGGCAGAAAGAAGAACAACAAAAAGAAGAACAAACGGACAUUUGGUCCAUUUCCCGUGGUGUCACCAGGCACUCGUGAAAUGGCCUUCGUUCAUGCCAUCUCAAGUGCGGGCGUGGCCCACACCUUGACCAAAGCUUGCUCGGCCGGAGAAUUGGAGAACUGUGGGUGUGACCGGACCUUGAAAGGUGCUUCAGCCGAAGGAUUCGAGUGGUCGGGAUGUUCGGACAACGUGGAUUUCGGCGUGAGUUUCUCCAGGGACUUUGUGGAUGCACGGGAUCGACGGCAGAGUCGGAAGAAUAAGAAAAAUCAUGCCCAACCUUUGAUGAAUCUUCAUAACAAUGAGGUUGGCAGAAAGCUUUUGGAGAAGACCAUGAUCCAGGAAUGCAAAUGCCAUGGCGUGUCCGGAUCUUGCGAAUUGAAGACUUGCUGGCGGUCCGUGGCAACCUUCAGACAGAUUGGAGAGAAACUGAUUGAGAAAUUCGACAACGCCCACGAAGUCCAACAGAACAAAUAUCGAGGUCGCCGAAUGCUGCAGACGCGCUCCAGGGGCUAUAAGCAUCACACAGACACCGACUUGGUGUACUUGAAAAGUUCGCCAAGUUAUUGCGAUUUUGAACCCUACGAGGGUUCGUUAGGCACCCAAGGGCGGGAAUGCAAUCCGAAAAGCCACGGUGCGGAUGGAUGCGAUCUGAUGUGUUGCAACCGAGGCCACACAACCCGUCGAGAAAAACGUAAAGAGCGGUGCAGAUGCAAAUUUCGUUGGUGUUGUUUCGUCGAAUGUGACGAAUGUAUCUUGGAUGUUGAUGUCAGCACGUGCAACUAAAACACACUUACACAGGACCAAGAAUCAAACAAGGAUCGUCGUCAUCACCCCUCGGCCCCUCCCACUCUCCCCUUCUUUCCCACUUUGGUUCUGGGCUUUUGAGCAUUAGGCAAUCAAAAGGCUCCUCAAAAUUAUCCCCCGUCUGCAUAAUAACCUUCUGCCCUCUCUGCCCUUGAAACGUCUUUCGGCCGACUAGAUGGCAGAUGACCCCGCAACCUUCAAAUAUCCCGCCCUGGUCUAAUUAAGCAAGUUAAUUUUCUGACUGAGGGCGACUUCUUCCCUGGCCAAAAGUCUGAUUCUUGUCCAUAUUCUCGUCUUCACACUGUAUGUACAGGGGGAAACAUCCAAAGAGCGGAGAUAGUGACUACCACACCAGUACUCAUAUGACUCUCACUGCUUUGAUUCAUACUGAAAAGAUACCAAAUAUUUAAUCGUCGACGUCGUUUCCCCGCGUGCGUGUGUGAAUGCACGACUUCAACCACCCGAUUUGAAUGUAUUGAGAUUAUUAUUCCUUCCCCCGAAUCUCCUCAUUAUCCGCCGAUGAAUUGGCCCACCCUAGUUGCCCCAGUAUUUUCUCUCUCCCUCUAUCUUUCUCUUACCACAAUAUAUCGUUUUGUCAUGGAAAAAUUGUACAUAUAGAUAGAUCUGCGUAUGUAACAAUAAAGGUCAAUUUUGUUCUCGAA